CGAGCCACGCGUGCCCCCCGGUUCCCCCCCCGGUCCCUCCCCUGCCUCUCAUGGGACGUUUCCCUCUCGCACCAGCAAGACUCCUCGGGGACGUUCGUCCAGGUGCGCGUCAACCUCGCGCAGACCAACUGCAGGAAGAGGGCGCAGAGGACGCAGAACUGCAAGACCGUGGAGAACAGGAGGAAGCCGGCCUGCCUGGCUUGCUACAAGUUUGACAACAGUGAUGUCCCCAAGGUGCUGGACAAGUACCACAACUGCGGCCCCAGCCACCACCUGGCCGUGAAGGAGAUAAAGCAGCGCGACGAGGCCGAGUGCAGGGCCGUGGAGGAGGCCGGCAAGCCGACGGACGCCCUCUACCUCCCCGGCAUGUUCGCCUUCUCCAGGGCGUUGCAAGCCUAGGUGGCUGCACCCGGCCACGGCCAGCCCGGAAGGAUGCUGACAGGGGGCCAGCCCGGCCCCCCGUGCUUGCUGCCCCCCAGCGCUGUGCAAUGAAGGGGGGGUCGUCCUGCAGACCCCCCCACCCCCCCGCCACGCCUCGGCAGUGUCCGCACGCACCAGUAAACCCCAGCUCUGCCUCUG